CGCCGACGUGACUCUUUCAUUAUUUUAAGGCGCGCUCUCCACACACACACACACACCAGCUCUAUCUGUACACACUGUUUCCCUUUCUUAUCUGCUUAGUUUUGCCGUUCAGCCUUUCCUACACUUUUCGCCUUUCCUUCCAUAGACGUCAUGGACAAAGCUCUUGACGAUGUGGUUCGUGAACGAUCGCAUGACAAGCGCAGCAGCAGUAGUAGUAAUGACAGAAGGUCCCGCCGUAACCCCCGAGGCGGUGUCAGAAAGACUGGCCGCCGCGAUAACACCUACAAUGAUUCACUCGCUUGGGUUCAUGACAAGUACGAUGGGGAUCUUGGUUUAGCGACUAAUGAACCAUUGCGGCGGGCCGCGGGCUCGGAUAUGCGCCACAAUUCUGACACGGCAACGCUCGUUGGUGCCGGCAAGUUGAGGGUCGAGAAUAUCCAUUAUGAACUUGGAGAAGAGGAACUUCUUGGUCUUUUUGAACGUCAAGGCGUUGUUCUAAAGCUCGAACUCAAAUACGAUCGUGCGGGCCGCUCUGAGGGCAUAGCUUUCGUCACCUACGAGCGCGAGGCUGACGCAAAACGUGCAAUUGCCGAAUUUGACGGCGCAAAUGCCAAUGGACAACCAAUCCACCUCACCUUGGUCCACCACCACCACCAAAACGAGGGGAAAUCCCUCUUCGAUCGCAUCCGUGCUCCAGACCCCUCCGCUCCACUCUCGACUGGUGCGGCCUCGUCCGCCCGCGACCGGGCCCGCCGCUACACUGACUCCCCAGAGAGAGACUCCCGCCGCGAUCCUACCCGCCGUCCCACACCACCAAACAUUGACCGCUAUGUCCCCCCCGAGCGCCGUCGCGAGCGCCCCCGUAGCAGCGAGCCUACCGUCGGUGGUAGCAGUGCCCGUCGUAGAGGAGCUUAUUCCGGCUCUGGCGGAGGCGGCGGUGGCAGGGAAGACAGGCCUUACAACAACAGCCGACGUUACGGCAAUGGACAUGCCCCUGGUCCCGGACGUCUUGGUGCUGGUGGAGGCGUUGGCGGAGGUGCGGGUAAUAGAGCCAGGAAGACGGUGGAGGAACUUGACGAGGAGAUGAACAAUUACUUUGCGGACGCUGGGGCCCAGCAACAGCAACAGCAGGGACAGCAACAGGUCGGCGGUGCGCUGGCGCAGCAAGCUGAUGAAGAUGAGGAGAUGAUUCUUUAGAUUUUCAUGCUAUCCCCUAUUCCCCACUUUCCUUUUCCCGUUUCCGAGGUCACGGUGGAAGUGCACAAUCUAACAAUCGAUCAUCCUGAAAACCAGCUACACUGACACAAUGCGGGAGAGGUGUGGGAACGUCUAGUAGUAGUGGGUUUGCCUAGCCCUUGCGUUUGUUGCUACAGUGGUUAUCUAUCUAGCUUGUUUCUCAUGUCAUUAUCCCGUAUAUUUUUCUUCUUUUUCUUCUUGUCUCCCUUUGUCUUGUCUAGAUACUCUUCUUGCUCUUGUUUUCCCGUAUGGUGGGUUAGGGUGGUUUUUACAAAAAAAAUGGGGUUCAACAAAAAACCGGGCUGUUGAAAAAUGUUGUUGGGAUCAUGAGAUAUCACUCUUGCGUAAAGUGUCAUUCGUUGCAGUUUUUUUCGUUGUGAAUUGUGGUUGCGGAAAUUUUUGGCCGUGGGUGAGAGUUGUGGGGUGUCAAGUGUAGAAUGGAUUGGUGGAUAGAUGGUGCAAAUAAAUGUAUAGUAUAAAUAUUGUCUAUUAUGCCGGGCAGUCUACGGUA